UUUUCGCGUCACUCCCGUGGACACUGAACAUGCUCCGAAAUCUCCGAACCCGGCGCCGCCUCCGUUACGGCGCUUUCAUCUGCGCCGCCUCCUCGGCCCUUCUCCUCUUGCUCUCUGUGUCUCUGCUCUACACUCGCCUCUCUCACUCUAGCGCUCACCUCCAUAAUUACCUCCACCGAAACCCCAGACAUUCACGCGAUGGCAAUUACGACUCACUCCUGUCAGAUUCCGUCAAUGACGAAACCUUGGGCAGCGAAGACAAGAUUGACGCGCUUGAUUUUGUGGAAGAGCAACAGCCGGAGGUAGAUGAUCUGAGAUCUGUUGAAGUCGCUGAAGAGGAGGAACCGUUCAAUCAGAUCAAACCUAGUGGGUAUUUCUUUGAUCAUGUUAGCGGGUUAAUCCGGAGCGCUUUUAACAAACGUUCGAUUGAGGAAUGGGACGAUGGUCAAGUAGGGAUUUUUCUGGGAUCUGGGGCGGAAGAUCCUAGCAAGACCGCGUUUGGCUCCGAUGAUGUGCCGGUGGACGAGGAGGUCAGGAGGAAAGCAAUGCAGGUGAUGGGGAUAGAGGAUUUACUCCUGUUGAAAGUUGGCAGGAAAGUCUCGCCGCUGAGAGAAGGUUGGGGUCAGUGGUUCGAUAAGAAGGGUGACUUUCUGAGGAAGGAUAAGAUGUUGAAGUCCAAUUUGGAGGUUCUGAACCCUCUGCGUAACCCGCUUCUCCAAGAUCCAGAUGGAGUCGGUGUGACCGGCUUGACUAGGGGCGAUCGAAUUGUGCAGAAGUAUUUGCUAAGCGAGUUUAAGAGAGUUCCAUUUCCUCGUAAGAAGGCUUUCGACGGCUCCAGGGGGAAUCAUGUAUCUUAGUAGCUAGAAAUUUACCUUGAGGUUAAAGAAACUAGAACAUAAGGUUUUAGAUGACAAGAUUGGGGCAGUAGUAAUCCUAAUGGCGAUGGAACAAUAGAGAGUGGUACUUGAGGGAGUUCGGAUCUCUCGAAAUAUUCGGCCUAGAAGUAUUAUUUCAGAUGGGAAAAAACCUGCUGAAGGGCUUACCUUUUCUCACAGUAUGAGAUAAGAACGUAUCUGUAGCUGAAACACAUCUUCAAAACAUAGCAACAGGACACUUGGAUGUUAUUUAAUGAAGCAUAUGACCGAUGAAAUAUUAUGCAUUAAGUACCUUG